ACUAAACGAACAUAAAGCAAAAUGAAUAUACGUUGUGCAAAACCUGAAGAUCUCAUGAGCAUGCAGCAUUGCAAUUUGCUGUGUCUGCCUGAAAACUAUCAAAUGAAAUAUUACUUCUAUCACGGUUUAACGUGGCCACAACUUAGUUAUGUAGCUGAAGAUGAUAAGGGCAAUAUUGUUGGUUAUGUCUUGGCAAAAAUGGAAGAACCAGAAGGCGAAGAAAUUAAGCACGGGCAUAUUACAUCGCUAGCAGUUAAACGUUCUUAUCGUCGACUUGGGCUGGCACAAAAGCUGAUGAAUCAAGCCUCACAGGCAAUGGUGGAGUGCUUUGCUGCGCAAUAUGUAUCCCUACAUGUACGUAAAAGUAAUCGGGCCGCUUUGAAUUUAUAUACAAAUUCUUUGAAAUUCAAAAUAAUUGAAAUUGAGCCCAAAUAUUAUGCUGAUGGUGAGGAUGCUUAUGCUAUGCGGCGUAAUUUGAGCGAAUUCGCUACAAACUCCGAUAAAAUUGAAGAUGGUUCUGGUGAAGGUGCUAACAACGAUAAAAAAAUCAACUACAAACCAACUUCUCAUGCUACCCACAAUCACAGUGGACAUGAUGGACACUGUUGCUAAAUGUUCAGUUCAGUUUUGAGAAAUACAGCGAAUUGUAAUUAAUUUUAAUUUUUAUUUAAUGAGUAAAUAUGUUCCGUAAAAAAUAACAAAAUGCUAUGAAACAAAUAUUUUUUAAUUCCUGAUUAAAUGGUUCAUAUGUAGAA